CAGAUCUCCAUCGCGAUCGAGAUCCAACGACCCAGAUCCACUCCCUCUCCUUCUUCCUCAAAAGAGAACAAAAAAAAAAUAUUCUGAAUCUUCGAAAAGUCGAUCGGGAGGAAACAAAAAAAAAUCAACGGCCGAUUCUGACGAUUCAUCUCCGCCGAGCAGAUCUGUGAAUUGAUUCUCGUCUAUUACUACUCAUUCUCGCGAUGGCUGCUCCUCCUGCUAGAGCCCGUGCUGAUUACGAUUACCUCAUCAAACUUCUCUUGAUCGGAGACAGCGGUGUGGGUAAAAGUUGCCUCCUUCUACGUUUCUCUGAUGGCUCAUUCACCACCAGUUUCAUCACAACUAUUGGUAUUGAUUUCAAGAUACGGACUAUUGAGCUAGAUGGGAAGAGAAUCAAGCUGCAAAUCUGGGAUACUGCUGGACAGGAGCGGUUCAGGACUAUCACAACUGCAUACUACCGUGGAGCCAUGGGCAUCUUGCUCGUGUAUGAUGUCACUGAUGAAUCAUCUUUCAACAAUAUCAGGAAUUGGAUCCGUAACAUUGAGCAGCACGCUUCUGAUAAUGUCAACAAGAUUCUUGUGGGGAACAAGGCUGAUAUGGAUGAAAGCAAACGAGCUGUGCCAAAAGCGAAGGGUCAAGCUCUUGCAGAUGAAUACGGAAUGAAGUUUUUCGAGACUAGUGCCAAGACUAACCUAAACGUUGAGGAAGUUUUCUUUUCAAUUGGUAAAGACAUUAAGCAAAGACUUGCAGAUACCGAUGCAAAGGCUGAGCCACAAACAAUCAAAAUCAACCAAACCGAUCAGGGUGCAGGGACAUCUCAAGCUACUCAGAAAUCAGCAUGUUGUGGUUAGUAGAAAACUGGUCCCUCACACCACCAUCGAAGGAGAGAAUCUGGCUUCUGAGAAAGAAAAUCUUCUAAAUGCGAUGGUGUUUUCUACGUAUUCUUUUUACAAUUCUCUGUUUCCCCCUAACGGGUAUAGUGUGAAGGACAUAUGUUUCUGGUAUGGACUCCCUCACAUCAGACUUGACUUGUGAUAAUAUCAGAUUUUCUCACUCACA